GUACUUCAUGGCGCUCACCGAUACCCGCCCCUCCGCUUCCGGCAUUGGAGGCGGGGACUCCCUGCUGCAGUUCUCCGUGUCUGGUUGGUAGGAUGGCGCCGGGCCGAUGCGGUUAUAGCUGCGAUAGCGGACGGGUGCCAAGCCCUUCCACCCUCCUCCCUAGUUUAUCCCCAGUGGCAGCCGGUGGUGGGGCCAGGCCUGUUUCGUCUGUGUUCCUCUCUCCCUCUUAUCACAGAGGCGUGGACCUCGGUCCUUGUAGCCCUCCAGCCCUAUUCCCGAGUGCCUGCUAGAGCGUCCCCUUACCAUUUCCUGUCACCCCCCACCCGCGGGGGGCAUAGGGUGGGAGGGGUUGGUAAGAAAGGGGCGUAGCGCAACUACGGAGGGAACUCGCGAGCUUGGGUAGCUUUUAGCGCCGGAAGUGUUGAGAGGGAGGCCGGAAAUGGGGGGGCGGAGCCAGGAAGUGAGGAUGGGCGGGGGUUUAUGAGGAGGCCAAGGGAGCGUUGAGGCAGAUUUGCACUCAGUGCCACCUGAGGGACUUGGCGGUAGCGCUCAGCUUUGUCCCCUCCCCUCUCAGGGACACGGUUGUCGUCUAGGAGUAGGAAACUCUGUGUGGACGGGUGGGUUGUCGGGAAGACAUUUCUCUGGCCGCGCUUGAAGCAAGGUGUGGAGAGGCAGGGCUGGGGGUGGGGCCGGGUCGUCAGGGCAUCUGAGAGGGAAGACCCCCGCCCCUCAGCCCCCCACCGCCCAUCUACACUGGCUGACUGGACACUAAGAUGGCUGCCGUUGCCAUGGCACCCAACCCUGUGCAGACCCUUCAGGAGGAGGCGGUGUGCGCCAUCUGCCUCGAUUACUUCACGGACCCCGUGUCCAUCGGCUGCGGGCACAACUUCUGCCGAGUGUGUGUAACCCAGUUGUGGGGAGGGGAGGAUGAAGAGGACAGGGACGAGUUAGACCGGGAAGAAGAGGAGGAGGACGGCGAGGAGGAGGAAGUGGAGGCUGUGGGGGCCGGUGGUGGGUGGGACACCCCCAUGCGGGAUGAAGACUAUGAGGGCGACAUGGAAGAGGAGGUCGAGGAGGAAGAGGAGGGUGUGUUCUGGACCAGUGGCAUGGGCGGGUCGAACUGGGACAACAUGGACUACGUGUGGGAGGAGGAGGACGAGGAGGAAGACCUGGACUAUUACUUGGGGGACAUGGAGGAGGACCUGAGGGGGGAGGAUGAGGAGGACGAGGAGGAAGUGCUGGAGGAGGACGAAGAAGAGGAACUAGAUCCCGUCACCCCACUGCCCCCGCCUCCAGCCCCUCGGAGGUGCUUCACCUGCCCCCAAUGCCGCAAGAGCUUUCCUAGGCGGAGCUUCCGCCCCAACCUGCAGCUGGCCAACAUGGUCCAGGUGAUUCGGCAGAUGCACCCAAACCCUGGUCGAGGGAGCCGUGGGAACGAGCAGGGCAUUUGUCCCAAACACCAAGAAGCCCUGAAGCUCUUCUGCGAGGUGGAUGAAGAGGCCAUCUGUGUGGUGUGCCGAGAAUCCAGGAACCACAAACAGCACAGCGUGGUGCCAUUGGAGGAGGUGGUGCAGGAGUACAAGGCCAAGCUGCAGGGGCAUGUGGAACCACUGAGGAAGCACCUGGAGGCUGUGCAGAAGAUGAAGGCAAAGGAGGAGAGACGGGUGACAGAGCUGAAGGUGGUAUCCACCAUCCCCUUUGCAUCAUCCCAGAGCCAGAUGAAGUCAGAGCUGGCAGCUGUGGCCUCAGAAUUCGGGCGGCUGACACGGUUUCUGGCGGAAGAGCAGGCAGGGCUAGAGCGGCGCCUCCGAGAGAUGCAUGAAGCUCAGCUGGGGCGUGCGGGAGCAGCGGCCAGCCGCCUAGCGGAGCAGGCCGCCCAGCUGAGCCGCCUGCUGGCUGAAGCCCAGGAGCGGAGCCAGCAGGGGGGCCUACGGCUGCUCCAGGACAUCAAGGAGACUUUCAAUAGGUGUGAAGAGGUACAGCUGCAGCCCCCAGAGGUCUGGUCCCCUGACCCGUGUCAACCCCAUAGCCAUGACUUCCUGACAGACGCCAUCGUGAGGAAAAUGAGCCGGAUGUUCUGUCAGGCUGCCCGAGUGGACCUGACGUUGGACCCUGACACGGCUCACCCAGCCCUGAUGCUGUCCCCUGACCGCCGGGGGGUCCGUCUGGCAGAGCGGCGGCAGGAGGUUGCUGACCAUUCCAAGCGCUUCUCGGCCGACUGCUGCGUACUGGGGGCCCAGGGCUUCCGCUCUGGCCGGCACUACUGGGAGGUAGAGGUGGGUGGGCGGAGGGGCUGGGCGGUGGGCGCUGCCCGUGAAUCAACCCAUCAUAAAGAGAAGGUGGGCUCCGGGGGGUCCUCUGUGGGCAGUGGGGAUGCCAGCUCCUCACGCCAUCAUCAUCGCCGCCGGCGGCUCCACCUGCCCCAGCAACCCCUGCUCCAGCGGGAAGUGUGGUGUGUGGGCACCAAUGGCAAACGCUACCAGGCACAGAGCUCGACGGAGCAGACACUGCUGAGCCCAAGUGAGAAACCUCGGCGCUUUGGCGUGUACCUGGACUAUGAGGCUGGGCGCCUGGGCUUCUACAAUGCGGAGACUCUGGCUCAUGUGCAUACCUUUUCGGCUGCCUUCCUGGGCGAGCGUGUCUUCCCUUUCUUCCGGGUGCUCUCUAAGGGCACCCGCAUCAAGCUCUGCCCUUGAUUCGCCUGCCACCCGCAGGGGCCCCUCUGGUUAGCACUGGGGGGGCGGGUGGUGGCCGAGGGUGGCCCAUAAGUUUAGGGGCUCAAAGGCUCCUCCCACUAUUUGUUACUGCAUUGCUUCAUGCUCCUAGUUGACCCCAGGCCCCUGCUUCUCCCUCUAGGAGCCUAAAGACUCUCCUGGCCUACAGCUCAGCCUUCUCUCACCUACUAUGUCUGUCCAACAGGUCUGCAUGGGUCCCUGAUGAGAACAGCUGCCUGGCCUUCCCUCCCUGUCUGCCCAGGGAUCUGAGUUUUUGAGUAGGGGAUGUGGGGAGAUUGUAAUCUCAUUACCACACACUUCCCUUUCCCCCAUCCCUGUUCAACUUUCAUGUCAAUUUUGAGGCUGGAGGAUUUGGGCCAAGACUCUUGACAGCACUUACUCAAAUUCCACCUUCUGCUACAAAUUUUAGCUAAAGGAUUUGGAGGCUUUUUGUGGGGGAGGCAGGCUGGGAAAAGGGUAGAGCUGGAUAAUAAACAGUCUACUCUCUGGGAAAGUUGGAAGGAGUCUAAAUUUUCCUUCCACCCUCAAUUUCUACCUCCAUAGACUGGCCAGAAUUUAGCUUCAGUGAGAGAUCUGGAAUGGUUGACAUGAUUUUACAUCAACCAAUAAUUUUCUCCUACCUUUUCAGCACUUAAACUAGGAACAAAGCUCACCCCACCUCCCUCAGGCCUUUUCACUGCCAGGCUCCUGUCCCCUUGUUUAAUGGAGUUCUAGUCAGUUUCCAGCCUCUCUUCAAGUGCUUAGUUCCCUCCAUCUGGGGAGCCCUGGAGGGGAGCCUGGGGACCAGGACUUGAAUCCCUGGGAGGAGAAUCUUGGGCAGAAUCUAUUUUUCUAGUUAACCCUUUGCCUUCUGUCACUUAAUCAGCUUUUGUCCUCUGCUUUGAUGGCUGAGGCCAAUUUAUGCUCCUGGGGGAAAGGGAAGAUGGGUUGUGUUGUGAAAAUAAAAAGUUUAUUUGCUGCU